CUCUGAAUGGACUCUCCAGUUACCUGCCAGUCAUUUGGACUUGGACUCUGAAUGAUCUGGAAUCAAUGCAUGGAGUAAAAACCUUAAACAAAAUCCAGACAGAGAAAUCAUUUCCUGAUGUAUUUGGAAAACUCUGAGCAAAGCAAAGUCUCUGGGGAAGGGGAGCCGUCUACUGAGGCCAUGCUUGCUGAACAAUGCCAGGUUCCUAAAUUAACAGAGGCUGCCGACUUAACCAGCCCUUCAAAGGGAAGUGCUGAUCUUGGCAUGAAGGUCCUUGUGGAUUAUACUGAGCAGACUGUUGUCAGCAGAGAAAUUGACCCUUCUAUCUUUUGUGUGGAACAUUGCAACUUGAAAAGAGAUGAGAUGAAAUCCUCCACAUAUUGCAAUGGACAAUCUGAGAGUUUUGCACAAUACCCGGAGAGCAAUGGAUUGUUUGAAUCCGACCAGAUCCUUGGUCAGUGUGAGACUUCGGGGUUAAGCCAACCAUUUGACGAAUGUGCUCAACACUGUGAGUGUUUUAAACCUUGCAAGUCCUCUGAGCACUGUGCUAAUCAUAGCUUAGCUUCCAAAUGUAGUCCUUGCUGUGAACACAGUGCAGAACACCUUCAGUUAUUUCAGCAAUGUAAGCCCUCUGAUCAACAGUUCGAGUCUUUUGACUUUGAGCCAGAUAAAUUGGCAGUGAACUGUGACGGUUUCGGGCCGUGUGAAAUGUCUGAUUUCAUACCUGAAUGCACAGACCACCUCGACUUACUGCAACAAUAUGACUCCUCCGAUCAGCAGGGUGAGUCCUUUGACUCUGAGCCAGACACAUCAACAGAGGACUUUGAGCAAUGUGAAAUGACUGGUUUCACAUCUUACAUCUCUGACUCACUGGACUUACUGGACUGUGCCACCGAACUCCGUGAGUAUGACGAAUGCACCAAUGAUGACGAUAAUGAAGAGAUCUAUGCACCUGAACAUGAGGAUGAGCAAAAUGACACGGAAACUAUUGAUGCAAAUCCCUCACAUUUCAACACACCUGCUCAAGUUUACUUUGAUGACAGUGGAGAUUUUCCAUUUACAAGUGAAUGCUGUGAGACACACCAUCACUCUGAGGAAGAUUCCCCACAUGCCACUGCAUUAAACACGUCCAGCGAUUACUGUGAAAUGUGUGAAACAGAUUACUUUGAAACGAGCGAAGAGUAUGAUCAGCAAUGUGCCACUUCAGACCAGUGUUCUGAUGAGGCCUCUGAGUUUGGCACCGAAGAAGAUGGUUCCUCAGAUUGCUCUUCUAUUGAAACCAAAUCCUUCAAGACUUGUCCCGAUGGCAGCAUUCCUUCAGAUCACUGCUCUGAUUCAUCUGGGCAGACGCAGUGGGAAUCUUUUGAAGAUGAUGUAGAAAUAGACCAAAACAAUGUUAACAUAACUAAUGAGGAUAAAAACAAAACGCCUGCUGUUGAUGUUGUUAUUGAGGAUUACUUCGAUCUGUUUGACAGAGCUGACUAUUACGGACAUGCCUUUGCACAAAAGCAACGUUACAUCUCCUGCUUUGAUGGAGGAGAUAUCCACGACCACCUGCAUCUUCAAGAGGUUCAAUCUAAGGCUCAAGCCAAAUAUGCAGACAAAUUUAAAGAAAUCAAUGAGGAAAUUCAUGUACAGAAAACUGAUACAUGUUUUGAUGCUCCCAAAGAAGCAUGUGAAGAUACUCAUGAGGAAGAUGCAAGUCAGAGAGGUGAUGUCUCCUCUGGGUCUUGUGAGUCAGAGGAACAAUCUGAAGAUGAAUCAGAAUCAAGUUUAGCAGAUAAUGAAGUUGAAAGAGAUGAAUCAGAAGCUCAGGCCCUUUGUGCUGAGAACUGUGAGGAAACAGAGGAAGAUGAGAACAGUUUUGAUGGAGAAGCUUGUGCGUUUGAUGGCCAUGUUUCUGAAAUCUGCAAAGAAGAAGAAACUGAGGUCUACCUGUCCUCUGGUAAUGAGAGUAUGAGUGCGCCAUGUGCAGAGGACAUCUUUGUUGGAGGUGAUGCUUAUGAAGAAGAAUCUGUUGCCCACAAUUAUGAAUCGAUUUUUGACAAUACCUCUACCACUGGACAUUUACAGACAACUGAACCUGUGGACAAAGUAUUUAUCGCAUGUUCAGAAAUGGAGCCAUAUUGGUCACUUGUACACCAUGAGGAAAAUGGAGAGAUGUGCGAGCUUGGUGUUGAGGAAUACUAUGCAUAUCAGAUAAAAAGCAUUCAGUCAUCUGUUGAACAAGCCCUGAAUGAAUUUAUUAUGGGAAGAAGGUCAUACGAUCAGAUAAUCCAUGGGGAUGCUUCAAGGAUUGAAACAGAAGAUGCUCCUUUAUCCCUGAAUGACAUACAAGCACAUGAAGUUUGCCCAGAGGAGCACAAGGCAGUCAGAUUUGAAAGUACAGAAGUUAUUGAACUGAGUGAGAAUUUGGCCAACAGCUCUGAUGUGGAAAAAACAACCAGUGAAGAAACUCGGGAAUCAGACGAAGACAGUGGAAUCAGUGACAUUUCAAGAGAAAAAAAACCUCCUUCAGAUAUUAUUCACAGUGUUGUUUCGCACCCUGCAAAAAAUAAGGAAAGGACUGAGGAAAACAAGCCCUCCGAACAAAGCACGGAUUCAGAAGAGGAGCAAAGCGAUGAUGAAUUUGAUGAAGACUGUGAAUGCGAGUACUGCAACCCACCAAUAGAGGAGGUUCCAGCAAAACCGCUGCUUCCACGGAUGAAAUCGAAUGACGCAGGGAAGAUCUGUGUGGUCAUCGAUUUGGAUGAAACGCUAGUGCAUAGUUCAUUUAAGCCUGUGAACAAUGCUGAUUUUAUCAUUCCAGUGGAAAUUGAUGGAACAGUUCAUCAGGUGUAUGUGUUAAAGAGACCGCACGUUGAUGAAUUCCUCAAGAGGAUGGGAGAAAUGUUCGAGUGUGUUUUGUUCACUGCAAGCUUAUCCAAGUACGCAGAUCCGGUGUCGGACCUGUUGGACAAAUGGGGGGCCUUCCGGAGCCGUCUCUUCCGGGAGUCAUGUGUUUUCCACAAAGGGAAUUACGUAAAAGACCUGAGCCGUUUAGGAAGAGAUCUCAACAAGGUUAUCAUCAUCGAUAACUCCCCAGCGUCCUAUAUCUUCCAUCCCGACAAUGCAGUUCCUGUAGCGUCCUGGUUUGAUGACAUGUCAGACACUGAGCUCCUUGAUCUUAUCCCCUUCUUUGAGAGACUAAGCAAAGUGGACGACAUCUAUGAUGUUCUCCAGCAGCAGAGGACUUCAAGUUAACAGAGGCAGGAUACUAGGAUGAAAAUAAUCACCAGCAGCUGUCGUCACGGGGCCACGGAGGCCGGUGGGCCACAGGCCCCACGCUGCUUCCAACUACAAGGACCACAGUGCAAAAAAAUGCCUCUCAUUAAAUCUCAUAUUCACACAGUGUAUUGCAUUAAAACGUGAAAGCAGUGUUCCACCAGGGUUUGGUCCCAGGGACAGAUCAGAGACAGAUAAUUUUUUCUCCUUUUUUUAAUACUAUAUAAAGACUGAAUAUGAGAUUCAGUGACAUCUGUAGAUAUCGUUUGCAGUGCAGCUAGUGUGUUGUUGUUGUCAUCGUUAUGUGACAGCAGUGACCUAGUAUGUAAGUGUGCUGUAAAUCUAGAUUGUGUGAACAGUUGUCCAGUGCCAUUCUACAAAUGAGCCACAUCGGUCAUUUUCAUUUCAGUACAAGACCGUUCCUCGAACCCCAGUAACCUUCUUUUUUCUUGCCUAAAAUGGCCUAAUGUGUAUGUAGUAAUUAUGGAAGCCUAUUUCCUUCAAUGUGAUGAAAAAAAAGAUCCUGUAAGUCAUUAUGAGAAACUUUUUUUAAAUAAUGACAUGGUAGCUCAACAUAAGGACCUAGUAUCACAAAAUAAUGACUUCGUAUCUCAGAAUAAUGACUUAUCGCAAAAUGAGAAACUUUUUUCAAAAUAAUGUUUUGCUUUUUUCAAAAUAGUGACUUAGUAUCUCAAAAUUAUGAGUCAGUAUUUUUAGAUACUGAGUCAUUAUUUUGAGAGUUUCAUUAUUUUGAGCUACCAAGUCACUCUUUCGAGAUAAGUAAGUUGUUAUUAUUAUGCCUUUGUGGGAGCAACAGCCAUGGCCGUUGUCCAUCCGUCCGUCAUGAACGUGAUUUCUCAAGAAGGCCUUGAGGAAGUUUCUUCUAAUUUGGCACAAACAUCCACGUGAACUCAAUGAUGAACUGAUUAGAUUUCGGUGGUUAAAGGUCACUGUGACCUCACAUAACAUGUUUUUGGCCAUAACUCAAUGCUAUUAUCUAUAUUAAUAAGAAUCCAUGUACUUAUUAUGACAAGAUUUCACACAGAUGUCUAACAGGAUAACAUGAUGAAGUAAAGACAUUAUUUAUCCAAAAUGUCAACUUCACUGUGACAUCACAGUGAUCCGCAGUAACACUUUCUGGCCAUUGCUCAACUCCACAACUCAGGAACAGAAGAGGACACAUUUGGUCAGAUACUGAAUUGGUGACACUAAUCUUGUGUACCUACCUUGAAACUUUGGUGAUUGUAUAGAUCAAUGCUGCCAAAAGAUGUGUGUGUGAAGCAUCCAUGGUUUCAAUGAACCAUUGCCAACUGUCAUGGCUGAAUGUGAGUCUGGACAGACAUGCAUGUAAACCAUAACUGCAACUUGACUGGUUCAUGAUGGAUACAAUGUGAGGUAGUAAUUACAGUUUUGAGAAAUUUUCCCAUUAUUUAGCAAUAAGUCAUUACUUUGGUAUACUAGGUCAUAAUUGUGAGAAGAUUCUUAUAAUGACCCUUUUUCCCAUCACAUUGGUGGAAAUGGGCCUCCGUAAUCAAAAGACAAUCAUUAACUUUAGAGAAUUUAAUUUUAAUAAUUUCUAUAACAUUUCACUACAAAACACACAGUAUUGAUGUGCUCCAAAUACUGUACACUCACUGUAUGUUUUUGGAAAGCUUUGAAGAAGCACAGUUUGUUUGAGGAAUUUGGCAGAACAGUAAUCAUGGGAAACAAUAUCUUGAAGUCCCCUGCCAUUGAUUUUGGUCCUUAUUCACUACAUUACAGAUGACUGAUAAUGUGAAAUCACUAAAUUCUAAUAUUAUUGAAAUCUAAUUUUUAAUGUGUAAUAACCCUUUGUAGUCAUUUUCUUAUGCCUAGUUCAGUCAGAAAACACCCUAAUCCUGUUGUUCAUUGGUGUACCUCAUACUUGCAUACCAACAAAUCUAAUUAUGAGACACAUAAAAUCUGGAUCUUUUGGACAGUUCUAGAUUAGCAUUAAGGAAACAGACUGACUGUACAGUGAUCAGACUUUCCACACACACAGACUUACUACAGAAAUGGUGAGAUUAUUUUUGUAUAUACAGUAUAACAGGAUUUUAGGCAAUCGUUUUGAUUUGGUUUUAACGUUAUUUUACCUAAUGUUAUUUUAUCUUUGGAGUUUUUAGUUGAGUUGGCCACUACAGUGUGCAGCCCAUCAAUGAUGCAAUACUGAUCAUAUGUGCAGGAGGAGGCUGUUAAUGGCGACUUAAAUAAGUUUGAUGUUUGAUUUGAAAGCACACUUUGAUCUGUAAACUUGAACCCAAACUUUUUAUGUAAGACGUGGAGUGAGAUGUUCUUCCGUAUGGAGCUGUAUAUACAGUUUAAUUGGGGAAACUUGUGCCAGACAUGUUCGAGCCCCGAUUACUUUAACUCUGAAGCGAGUGUGUAUAUUUGUAUGUGUGCGUGUGAGUUUAAGUGUGAUUGCGUCGGUGUGAGUAUUUUCUUUGGUUUGAGAUUUUUAAAAAAGAGGAUACUCUGACAAUAUGUGAAAAAUCAUAACCUAUCUUUAAAUAACAACUUAACUUUUUUUUUUUUACUGUAUGCAACAAGUAAAGUGACACAAGUAAAGAAACUGGUUCAAACAUGUUGAGUUCUUAUACUGCUGCUGACAAUUGCUAAGAUUGGAAGAAAAAAAAUAGACAAAUAGAGAUAUUUUUACCUUGCAUCAAUAAAGCAUGUUUUAUUGAAA